CGAGCCGCAGAGAUGGAGCGGGGCACGUGGGCCGGAGACACUUCCUAGAAACGCGCGCAAGGCUCAACCCUGCCUGAACUUUGCUGUAAACAGCGCGCUGACAGACGGCAUCCCUGCUGGGUGGAUCCAGUGCUCCUGGCGCGAGUCGCACUUCUUGCUAUUAAUUAGCGGGAGGAGAGGUGAAAUAAAACUAGCUGCUCGGCAAGUCAGUGCAGGAGGCUGACUUCUGGGAGGCUGGGGAAGGGCUCGCGGGAGGCUGCGCGUCUGCUCCGGGUGUUUUCUCAAUGAAUCGCUGGCCGGGAGACUGAAGUCAGUCCCAGCCUCCUCCUCACCCCCUGGGCUAGCUGACGGCGACCGCGACAGCCAGGAUCCCCCGCGGAAGACGCGCUCCUUGGAAUGCCCUCGCGCUCCCCGCUUCUGUCCCAAGGAAAGAAAGGCUUUCCGGAUCCAAACACUGCCCAGCAAAUGGCACUUGGGAAUGGUGCUUUCUGAUGACAACCCCUUCUGUUUGUGACAAAGCCUGUCGCCCUCAGCUGCCCCUGGAGAGAAGUCCUAAGUAAAACUCAGUCCCGCCUUAAACUGAGGCUGGGAGGACUGCAGGGGAGACAGCAAGCACCAUGGCACCCACCGGACGCGUCGUCACCCUGCUGCUUUGGGCUCAUCUGCUGGAGCUCUGGACCCCGGGUCUCACGGCGGACCCCUCCUACCCCAGACUACGCCUGUCACAUAAAGAACUCUUGAAACUGAACAGAACAUCAAUAUUUCAUAGCCCUUUUGGAUUUCUUGAUCUUCACACAAUGCUGCUGGAUGAAUAUCAAGAACGACUCUUCGUAGGAGGCAGAGACCUUGUCUAUUCCCUGAACUUGGAACGGAUCAGCGAUGGCUACAAAGAGAUUCACUGGCCCAGUACAGCAGUAAAAAUAGAAGAGUGCAUAAUGAAAGGGAAAGAUGCUAGUGACUGUGCAAAUUAUGUUCGGGUUUUGCAUCAUUAUAACAGGACACAUCUUCUGACCUGUGCUACUGGGGCCUUUGAUCCACUUUGUGCCUUCAUCAAAGUUGGGUACCAUUUAGAGGACCCCUUGUUCUACCUGGAAUCAUACAGAUCUGAGAAAAUAAGGGGCAGAUGUCCUUUUGACCCCAGCUCCUCCUUCGUCUCCACUCUAAUUGGCAGCGAACUGUUUACCGGUCUCUACAGUGACUACUGGGCCAGAGACUCUGCAAUCUUCCGAAGCCUGGGGCGGCUAACCCACAUUCGCACUGAGCAUGACGAUGAGAGGCUGCUGAAAGAACCAAAGUUUGUAGGUUCAUAUAUGAUUCCUGAUAAUGAAGACAGAGAUGACAACAAAGUGUACUUCUUUUUCACUGAGAAGGCGCUGGAAGCAGAGAACAAUGUCCACACAAUAUAUUCACGAGUGGGCCGACUGUGCGUGAAUGAUGUGGGAGGCCAGAGAACAAUGGUAAACAAGUGGACCACAUUCCUGAAAGCAAGACUGGUUUGCUCAGUACCAGGAAUGAAUGGAAUUGACACAUAUUUUGAUGAACUAGAGGAUGUGUUUUUGCUGCAUACAAGAGAUCAUAAGAACCCAGUGAUAUUUGGACUGUUUAACACCACCAGUAAUAUAUUCAGGGGACAUGCUAUAUGUGUCUAUCAUAUGUCAAGUAUCCGGGCAGCCUUUAAUGGCCCAUAUGCACACAAAGAAGGACCUGAAUACCACUGGUCGCUGUAUGAAGGAAAAGUCCCGUACCCAAGACCUGGUUCUUGUGCCAGCAAAGUGAAUGGAGGGCGCUAUGGAACCACCAGGCAGUACCCUGAUGAAGCCAUUGGAUUUGCAAAGAACCACCCCCUAAUGUACCAGCCCAUAAAGCCUACUCAUAAAAAGCCAAUACUGGUAAAAACUGACGGGAAAUAUAACCUGAAGCAAUUGGCAGUAGAUCGAGUGGAAGCAGAGGAUGGCCAGUAUGAUGUUUUAUUUAUUGGAACAGAUACAGGAGUUGUGUUGAAAGUAAUCACAAUUUACAACCAAGAAACAGAAUCAAUGGAAGAAGUUAUUCUUGAAGAACUUCAGAUAUUUAAGGAUCCAGUUCCUAUCAUUUCUAUGGAAAUUUCUUCAAAGAGACAACAGCUCUACAUUGGAUCAGCCUCUGCUGUGGCUCAAGUCAGAUUCCAUCACUGCGACAUGUAUGGUAGUGCUUGUGCUGACUGCUGUCUGGCUCGAGACCCUUACUGUGCCUGGGAUGGCAUAUCCUGCUCCCGGUACUACCCAACAGGUACACAUGCAAAAAGACGGUUCCGCAGACAAGAUGUUCGGCAUGGCAACGCUGCCCAGCAGUGUUUCGGACAGCAGUUUGUUGGAGAUGCUUUGGAUAAAACUGAAGAGAGACUGGCUUAUGGCAUAGAGAACAACAGUACUUUGCUGGAAUGCACCCCACGAUCUUUACAAGCAAAAGUCGUCUGGUUUGUACAGAAAGGACGUGAAACAAGAAAGGAAGAGGUGAAGACAGAUGACAGAGUGGUUAAGAUGGACCUGGGUUUACUCUUCCUCAGGGUACACAAAUCAGAUGCUGGGACCUAUUUUUGCCAGACAGUAGAGCACAGCUUUGUCCACACAGUGCGUAAAAUCACCUUGGAAGUAGUGGAAGAGGAUAAAGUCGAGGAAAUGUUUAAUAAAGACCAUGAAGAGGACAGACCUCACAGGAUGCCUUGUCCUGUCCAAAGCAGUUUCCCCCAGGGGGUGAGACCUUGGUACAAGGAAUUCUUGCAGCUGAUUGGCUACAGCAACUUCCAGAGAGUGGAAGAAUACUGUGAAAAGGUAUGGUGUACAGAUAAGAAGAGGAAAAAGCUUAAAAUGUCCCCAUCUAAAUGGAAGUAUGCCAACCCACAAGAAAAGAAGGUCCGGUCUAAACCUGAGCAUUACCGCCUGCCCAGGCAUGCACUGCACUCCUGAGGGGGGAGCCAUUUCCUGGCUGCUGAAGAAUUUGAGACCUUUCUGGGGGAAAAAGAAGAAAGCAUCCACUUCUUUGCAUUACAUUAAAAGAGACUUCUGUAGUACAGAAAAAUAAUAAAGGUGUUAUAAGUUAUCUACAUACCCAUCUGACUGUGUAAAGUUCUCGCAAUACUAAUUUUUAAACAAGUGCAAGUGUAUUCCUUAAAAGGCUUCACAAUAUAUAUCAAAAGUGACAAUAGCUGUAGUUUUUAUUUUGAGCUGCUUUUCAAUGGAACUUAUUUUAUUAUUGGAAGAUUUAAUAUAAUUAGAUUAUUGAAGGAACAGUUAACAGGAUUUUCAUAAUCAUAGAAAAUAUAAAAAUGUCUGCUUUAUUCUUUCUGAAUAUUUCCUUACAACCAUAAGGUGAAAUGCACACACUAUCAGAUAUUUUAGGAUUAUUUUGUGAUCUUUCUGUAUGUUGGGGGCUCAAAAAUGCUAAUUUUUUUUAAAGUCACGAGUUUUAAAUAGCAGUUGUGUUGUGGUUCAUGCAAACUAAUCAUAAAAGAUAUCUGUGACGGGUCACUCUGUGGCUUGUAUAUUCACUAGGCUAUAUUCAAAAUCCAUCUGAUUUGUAAAGAAAACAUAUACUUCAAAUUUGACUGCAGUGUGGAAGGAAAGAAGACAACCGCUCAGAAAGCUAUCAAAGAAAUUUCAAGACAUGAAUGCAGAAUUCAAACAAAAGGGAGGCCUGUGCUGCCCUCUUGUGGUAGUCAAAGGCAUCUUCUCAUAUAUUUCUUUUUCUACAAUUAAAAAGAGAUUCUCAUAUUUAGUCCAUUUUUAGAAGACUGGCUAAAUUUUAAAAAUUAUACUUAUUUCAUAACUUAAUAUGGAAGUGACAUGCUUAUUCAUAAAAAUCAGGAAUGAAGAUGUUACAGCACUCGAGUUCUUUAAAAACUUUUAACUUCGAGUUUUUGAAUCUUCCUUGAAAUCCAAGAUAUUCUGGAAUUUUCUAUUUAUAAAAGAAUUAUUAAAACAUUUUCUUUCAAAAAAUAAAUCUUCCUAUUUUAUGUUAACAAAAAUCAUUUCAUGAAUUGAUUUUACUACUGAGAUCUUCAGAGAAUUGUCUUUCUUAUAUAAAUAUUAUCAACUAUUUAUUCAGAAUGUUUGUUUCCUGAAGUCCUUCCUCUUUGUGUUUUAAAGAGUUAUCUAUUACCUUUCUAAAACUAUGAUCUUUCCAAGACUUUUCACUUAAAUAAACAGUAAAAGUGGACUGUACAUAAAACAAUUACGAAUAAUUAUUCAGAUAUUAAAUUUAAAUAUUUAAUUCAACUUUUAAAACUAUCUCAGUGGGCUAUGUGAUUAAGAAUAUAAAUUUUUGAGAACUUCUAAUGUGUUAUAUUUCAUUCUAAGAUUAAAAAGUACAUGAAAAUUCCAAGGAAGUUUUUAAGUCCAUAAGUUUCAAAACAUCUGGCUUAUACUGAUACUAGUAUGAAGGGAAAUCUUGCAUCCUCUGCUCAACCCACUUGUUCCUCCCAGAAUCCCAUGGGGGCCAUUGCUGCUUCCCAUCAACAGUAAUUGAGAUAAGCAUGUAUUCAGGGUUUUUUAAAAUACUGGGUUCAUUUAAAAAAAAAAAAAAAAAAAAAAAA